AUGUCUGUUCGCAACCCUCUCCCAUCGGUUACAACCAGGACAGUGGCGCGUCCUUCCCAAAAUGGCAUGGGCAAUGGUCUGUUCGCCACUGCAGAUAUCAAGAUGGGCGAGGAUGUGCUGCACGCCAAAGUGCCCUUCGUGGCGGUUCUUGACUCGUCGCGUCUGGAUGACACUUGUUCCGCCUGCUUUGGAAAAAGACAAAUGGAUUUCGGUACGGAGUUGAAGGCUUGUACCGGCUGUCGCGUGGUUAGAUACUGCGAUCGGACCUGCCAAUCCAAAGAUUGGAGAUUUGCCCAUUCGACGGAAUGCUCUAUCUUCCAAAAGGUCAAGCCAAAUGUGCUGCCCAACAACGCCCGUGCUAUUCUGCGGAUGGUGGUUCGCACAAGCAAAGGCAAAUACAACUCCCAAGAGCUGGAAACUUUUUCCCAGCUCGAAACGCAUAUCAACGAAAUUCAGGAGCUACAAGCCCAUCUCGACAGAAUCAUGCUUACUUCGAGAGCUGUCAAAAAUUACUCUGAAACAGAGAUGACUGAGGAAACUAUCAUGACCUAUGCAGCCAAGCUCGAUCUCAACUCAUUCAAUUUGACAACAGCUCUAUAUGAUCGCAUUGGGCUAUACAUGCACCCCUAUGCUGCCCUAAUCAACCACAGCUGUGAUUUUAACUCCACCGUCGGAUUUGACGGAGAGGAGUUGUUUGUCAAGGCCAUUCGCCCCAUAAAAAAAAACGAGCAGAUCUUCAUAUCCUACAUCGACACCACAACCCCCAAAGAGGUCCGCUGCAAGGAGCUGUCUGAGAGAUACUUCUUCGACUGCAAAUGUCCCAAAUGCGAAAAAGGAACCGACACUCCCGAGGACCGAUUCGAAGACACGUCGAAAGACAAGUCUGUCCUCGACGAAGCAGAGCGAAAGGCACUGGAAUUGAUGCAAUCGGCCCAAUCAUCGAACGCGUCACCAGACGAAACCAUCGAAAAGCUCGAAAAGGCCCUGCAUACCCUCAAACAAAGCUCCGCAUGGCCAUUGACCCGCCAACCCUACGCCUCUAUUCGUGACGACCUCAUAGUCUCCCUCCUUGCAGCCAACAGCUUCACCCGGGCAUUCAUCCAAGCCGCAAUCCGUUAUCUUCGUAUCGACCCCAUCCUCUACAGCCCUACACACCCAAUCCGACACAUCCACGCCUGGAUCCUGGCCAAGCUAGCCAUCUACCUUUCUCAGGGAUAUGAGCCUGAUCCCAAGGAUCCGAUUCAGCUUCAGGAUUUCGAGAUCAACUACCAUUAUAUCCUCUGGUAUAUCCUUGCUGAUCUGGCCAGUAGACAGAUGGAAAGCUGUACUGUGCCUGGCUUCAAAAAGCUCGUCGGAGCGAAUUUCCAGCAGGUUCAUACCGAGUUUAAGUCUAAUGGUAUUGACCCGAGUACGGCCAAGCCUCUUGUGAAUGUUGAGUGGAGGAAGCUUGAGAGACUGGUGCAGACUGCUUUGGACAAAGAAUAG